AUGAAUGCUGGUUAUCGUGUGUUUGAACAACGUGGCGGAGGUAGGGGUCCGCUUUUUCGAGCCCAGUUUAGUCAAAUAGGAAUUCCGCGUACCUGGCAAAGAAGAUCGGUCACGCAAAUCCGUUAUAAUUUAACGUUCGAGCAAUUGAGAGAAGUUAAUGGAGAAGAAAUUGGAGAAGCCAUGAUGGAAGCCAUCGCUACUGCCGUGGAUGAUAUUGUACGACAGCAGCAAAUUCCAAUCAAUUAUCGAGUUCAGCUGUCGAUGAAUUCGAAAGAAUUUCACCACGCUUAUAGCAGUACUAUAUUCAAUUUAAAAGAAUGGUUUGCCCGUAGUGACCGCGUCCAAGGAUUGUUGGAACACUUAGCCAAGAAUCUGAACUCAAACGAAUCCUUUAACCCGCAAGUGGGGUUUGAUGUGUCGCUGAUGUUUAUCAGUCAAGUAAACCCAGGCAGCGGACGAAAACUUAAAAAGGAUAAACCCGGUCAAAAAGUGUGGGACAAAUUAUCGAAGAAGAAAAAAUGUGUCAUACAAAUCAAAAACAAAGACGAACUCUGUUUAGCAAGAAGUAUCGUCACCAUGAAAGAAAAAUGCGAUCAGGGAAGUCAUUGGGUGAAUCUUCGUAAUGGCCGCCCUAUUCAAGAGCGUUUAGCCAAAUUAUUACACCAAGAAGCCGGUGUUCCUGAAGGACCUUGC